UGGUAUUUUUGUUAUAUCUGAGAAUAGCUGAGAGGGAGAAUAUAGAGCAUGUUUCCACACUCUGCUGAGGAGUCAGUCUGCCUUUUCUAUUGCAGUGAUGAGAGCUUGAUGAAUGCUUUACACUGAGCUGCUGCGGCUGUGGGAUGAGGCGGUGCAGGCAGUGGACACAAAGGACUGGCAAGGAGCUUUGGCCAAACUCCAACAGAUCAGUGAACCCACAUCUCGCACUCUGUUCAACGCUGCCUCAGCUCACCUGGCUCUUGGACAGCUGGACCUGGCCCUGAAGGCAUUAGACCUCACCAUUGCCAAGGACGAACGUCUUGCUGUUGGUUUCUUCCAAAGAGCAGCAGUGUUGCUGCAGAUUGACAGGUUGGAGGAGGCGCUGUCAGACUGUAUCUGGGCACAGAAGCACAUGAGAGGAAACAUGGUCAUUGACUACAAACAGCUAGGACUGCGAUUUAAACUCUACAGCUGGCAGGUGUUAUAUAAUGCUGCAGCUGUGUACUGUCAGAUGGGCCAGUGGGAGAAGGCCAGAGAGGUUCUGCUAUCAGCCUCCCAAGAGAGAGGAGGAAGUCGAGGGGGAAACAUAGAGGUGGCUUUGGACAGCAUCCUGAAGAAGGAUGUCCUGCCCCCUCUCCUGGUCCCUGAGGGUGUGGUGUUUCGUCCUAGGAAACAGGAUGUGGAGCAGCUGCAGCAAAGAGACUUCCUGGGCAAAGCAAAGGUGAUUUCCUCCAUGAUUCCGAAUGAUGAUUUUGGAGGCUUUGAACCUCUGAGGCUGCAGAAACCUGGUUUCUAUGAGCCCAAGGUGGAUGGAGCGCAGGAUUCUCGAUACAUGCGUGUGCGGACCCCUUACAUGGCUCGGGGCCCAGGACAGUUGACCGUGCCGGGAGGGGCCAUGGUGUUUUUAUUUGGCGAGGAAGACAGGGAUGGCAUGGCAACUGUCAUAUAUGACGGACAGAGAGGACUUCUUCCAAUGUCCCUGCUUGAAUCUGCAGAUGUCAAGACAUCCAAAGGGAAAAAGGAGAAUAGAGUUCCCAGUGGAAUCCCCCUCCCACCAGGACUCAAGCCACCCACUCGCCCAAAGCCGCAGCCCAGCCCUGCACCCUCUCCUCAGGUACAUUUUACCUCAGACACUCCACCUCCAUCCUACACUGCCACCCAUGCAGUGCUGCCAGCCUCAGAGCCUCCCAAGUACACAGCCAACUCAUCCAGUGACCAGCACACUGGUAAAGCUCAGGGAGCAGAGGCGGGCUCUGUGGUGGUGAAGGUCCACUAUACUUACACUGUUGCUCUGUCUGUUCCUCUGGAGACAUCGCAUUAUGACUUAAAGGAAAGCAUCGCACAGAAAUUGGGCCAGCCAGCGUCUCAUCUGCGCCUCAGAUAUAAACAACAUGGCUCCCGGGUGCUGAUACCUCUGGAUGGGGAGGUGGAGCGAGGCCUCAUUGUGCAGGAGGUGGCUGAGGCCGGCAGAGCCACCCUUUGGUGCCAGAAAGAGGACCCCCUGCACAACCGUAUCAUGCUCUACCAGAUGGUGGCUCUGUAUGAUUACGCUGCUCAGGGCCCAGAGGACCUGGAGUUCAGCGAAGGAGACACCAUUGACAUCCUGGGUGAAGUUAAUGAGGAGUGGUUGGAGGGACAUUGUGCAGGAAAUAUCGGCAUCUUCCCCAGCUGCUUUGCCUACAGGGAGAAUGGCAACAUCACCCAGAGCCUCGAGUUAUAGAAAUAGACAUGUUACUGUAUAGUCAUCUCUAAUAAACAUAUUAACCUAUGA